UCUUAUAUUGCUUAUCGUAAGUAUAAGCACAUUUGCAAAAAGUGAACAAAUGUUUCCAUCCUGGCUCAGUCUGUUGCACUGGAAGCCACUGAAAAUGGAGGGACUGCGUCGAGCAGGCGACGGAAUCAUGCCGCUGGAUACCAUUGACUUGACCACAACUGAUGAGGAACGGCCAGUCGUGAGGCUCCUAUCCGAUAGCAACAAUGGCUACUACCUUUGCCCCAUUUGCAAGAGUCUUCUCGAUCAGCCGGUGACCACCACGUGCGGCCACAUCUUCUGCAAGGAAUGCCUGACCACCGCAUUGGAUCAAUUGCAUUACUGUCCGCUGUGCAAUAUGUUCGUGCUGGACUUCUUUCGCAUUUACUUCUAAUUCGGAAGUUCACUUGUGUUCACAUUAAAUAAUUAUAUUUCAAUCAUCAAUAUAUCGUAUAUUUAUAUUAUACU